GAUUGGAAAUUUCAGAGUUAAUAAGAGACUCUGUUUCCUUCUGUCUCUGCCCCAGCGCGAGAAAUUUGCUCACUUUUUCACUUCAAACCCUCUGUCUUCACUCAGCAAACAGUAGAAGAAAAUAGGAAUGUCACUUUGCUGCUUCUGAUCUUCAAAUCCCACAGGACUAGUCUUAGAGAGAGAGAGAGAGAGAAUGGGUGGGGUUACUUCAUCCAUGGCUGCAAAGUUUGCCUUUUUCCCACCCAACCCACCAUCCUACAAGGUAGUUAAAGACGAAGCCACUGGUCUCUUGCUCAUGGACCCUCUUCCUCAUCGUGAAAACGUCGACGUUUUGAAAUUUCCCACUCGCCGCGGCAAUGAGAUCGUGGCCGUUUAUGUACGCCACCCAAUGGCCACCUCUACCCUGCUGUACUCUCAUGGCAACGCCACUGAUAUCGGUCAAAUGUACGAGCUUUUCAUCGAAUUGAGCAUUCACCUCCGCGUCAAUCUCAUGGGGUAUGAUUACUCUGGCUAUGGACAGUCAUCAGGCAAGCCAAGUGAACAUAAUACUUAUGCAGAUAUUGAAGCUGCAUAUAAGUGUCUCGAAGAGAGGUAUGGGGCUAAGCAGGAAGACAUAAUCCUCUAUGGUCAGUCUGUUGGAAGCGGUCCUACUGUUGAUCUUGCUGCCCGUUUGCCUCGACUGAGAGCAAUCGUUUUGCAUAGUCCUAUAUUAUCAGGUUUAAGAGUCAUGUAUCCUGUGAAGCGCACGUACUGGUUUGAUAUCUAUAAGAACAUUGAUAAAAUCCCUCUGGUGAAAUGUCCUGUGCUGGUAAUACAUGGAACAGCUGAUGAAGUUGUCGACUGCUCACACGGCAAGCAACUUUGGGUACUAUGUCAAGAGAAAUAUGAACCUCUAUGGCUAAAAGGCGGAAGUCACUGUAAUUUGGAACUGUAUCCAGAAUAUCUUAGACAUCUCAAUAAGUUCAUAUCAACUGUUGAAAAAUCACCUUCGCGAAGGAUUAGUUCUAGAAAAAGCACAGACCAUAGGAAAAGCACGGACCGCAUCGAACUUCCUAGGAGGAGUGUUGAUUUUUUUGAGGCUCCAAGGAAGAGUACUGAUCGGAGAGAGAAAUCAAGGAAGAGCACUGAUAGACCCGAAAAGCUGAAAUUUAGUGAAUACAAGUUUAAUAACGUUGACAAGGUAGAUAAGUUUAGAAUCUCUGUUGACCAGAUAGAGAGGUCACAAAGAAGCGUGGAAUACCAUCACGAGAAAUCUAGGCGAAGCAUUGACCAUCAGCUAGAAAAAGCGCGGAAGAGCGUUGACUGGCUGGACAGAAUUCGAGCUGGGUAAAUCUCCGGUGAAAGUUUGUAUUGGGUUGGGAUAAAGAAACGUAGAACAAGUGGGGUGGGGAAAUUAUUUGGGAUCUAACUUAAGGUUGUAGAGUUUGUGGUUUCAGCCAAAGUUUGUGGUUUCAGGAUGUGUAUCUUUGUUAUUUUAUGUAACUUUGUCAUGGCUUGUAGAGUUUUAAUGUGUUCUUUUGGGUGUCAUUGCCCCUUGAUUGUUAAUGAAAGAACCCUAACCUCUUUGUUUCUCAUCAUUGAAAGGAAAUGAAGCUCAUGGUUCACAAGGGGAACUGUAGAAAAA